AUGCCUCCCUGUCGCUUCCACAACACCCCCAGUGGCUGCAAAUUUGGUGACAAGUGUUCAUUCUCGCAUUCUGGGUCAUCUCGACCUAGCCAAGCCACCCGUCCACCAAGGCCGCCCAACAACAACAACCAAGAGAAUCCUAACGCUCCCCCUGGUAUUUGCAACUUCUACUGGUCGCGGGGCACCUGCAAUCGAGAGUUCAAUUGUAAAUACCGCCACGAGAGAAGCACUUCAGCAGCAAGCUCCUCGAGGUCAGCUCAUCCUCCCAUGUGGAGAGAUGCUACAGCAUCCAAUGCUUCACCAACAAAGGAUAUGUCGCCUACAGAAAUGCACCGACGCUUAAAGCGCUUCUUGCAGGAUGAUUUUCGAUUCCGGAGGCCUAUCGAAGUCUACCCAUUCGUGUCCCUUUUAUCAUCCAUCAAUGUUUCUGACUCGGCUUGGACUGAAGCUGCGCCUUUGCUACUCACUUCACUCGCGCAGGACAAUGGUCUAUUGCGAAUCAACGACGUGUUGCGCUGGGAAGAAGUCUCCACUAGAGUAGCUUUGAACGGUCAGGCCCUCUCGUUCAAACGCGGCUUUUUCCCGUUGCUUAAAUUCUAUGCUUCUGAUCUUGUCAUCAAGAGCACACUUCACCAGCUAGUCAACGGUCUUUACCAGAGCAUCUUGGACAAUUUCGAGCCUUGGUCCACGAAUCUGACCAUAUGCAUGCGCCAUAUAAUCGAAACUGGGUCCUUCGGUGAUACAUCUGAGAGCGGGACUGACGCUAAAUCAAUCGGAAUUCAAUUGUUUACCUCACUUGUCAAGAUUUUCUAUGAAAUCUUGACGCGGUUCAAAAAUGUUUCUAUCAGAUAUCCAACACUGCCCGAGGUCGUUCACGAACUCCGCCAGUGGGUCGAAGCUUGGGUUGAUGGUGUUACAGCUUCCCCUCCCUCCUUCACGGACGCAUUCACAACACUCCCCGUCGCAUCACGUGAUCACAUCGUACAACAUCUGAGAGGUCAAAUUACCCGAAUUGUCGCUAUUGUCGAUCGGGAACAACGGCGUAUGGACCAGAAGCAAUCGUCGCCCUUUAUUGCUCCCCGACAGACACAUUCACAAGAGGGACUUUCUGCAGCACUACGGGCAAUAUUCGAGACCGAAGGUCCUGGUGCCCUUCGCAUUGCCGGACCACGACACGAUAACGAUUCUACGGACAUCGCCGAAAUCAAGAUCGCGCCAACUCACGGAGAGCUCGUUUCGUUGCUUUUGCCUUUUUUACCUGCCAAUUAUCAUGGUGCCCCACACCAUCUGCCUACCGAGAGCAUGGAGCGCUUACUUGACAUCCAAUUUCGCUUAUUGCGCGAGGAACUCACCUCCUCUCUUCGCUCGGCCGUGCAGUUGGUGCGAAAUGACUUGAUCCAAAUGUCACCACAAACAACCUUGACCAAGCUACUAAAAAGUCGUGGAGGGAAAUAUCGCGGCCAGGCGGAUGAACAAGUAAUGUUCAAUCUAUAUACCAACGUUGUUUUUGUUGCGAUGCCUCCGGACCGCCGCGGUCUGUCUGUGGAGCUCUCAUUCGAUACGCCGCCCGGUCGAGCGCGCCAGUCUUCUCCAAAGAGUCGCAUGUCAUUCUGGGAAGGUGUCAGCGGAAAACGACUCAUUCAAGGCGGUCUUGUCGCCCUUCUUUGGCAGUCAGGAACGGAUAUUCAUGUCUAUCUGGCUACCAUCGCAAGUAAUUUGAAGAGUCUUACUGAGUCAGCUGGACGCAGUGGUGGCGACAGUCGUGUCACAAUCCGCGUCGCUUUUUUUAGUCCUGAUAUCGAGCUUCGUGCCCUCAAUGCACUGAAGAAUCGUGACCUGGCUGAAACCGGCCUCAAGCUGCUAAUCGAGGCUCCUGUCAUGUUCGAGGCAAUCCGUCCGUUCCUUGAAGCAUUGCGCAGGGAACCGGAGUCGUUACCUUUCGCAGAAUAUCUUGUGCAUCGCCACAACGAUUUCUUCGUCUCGCGGUCCAUUACUCCGCCUCAAUAUGCGCUUGUCCCUGGUUUCAAGUUCGAACUGGCGUCUCUGUUCCCACCCGAAGCGGCUGUAGCAAGUCUUGAACUUGAUGUUUCCAGUCGAACUUCGAUCAUGAAUGCCAGGGAACAACUCAGAACCGCAAGUCGACUGGAUCCUAGUCAGGCGGAUGCUGUGAUCGACACCAUGGUCCGCGAACUCUCCCUGAUCCAAGGACCGCCUGGGACCGGAAAGUCCUUCACUGGCGUUGAAAUCCUUCGCGUUUUGCUUGCAAACAAGAUUGGCCCUAUUCUGAUGAUUGCGUUCACCAACCAUGCCCUAGACCAUCUUCUUACAAGUGUCUUGGACGCAGGCAUCACCAAUAACAUUGUGCGGCUUGGCUCCCGUUCUGCAGAUGAACGAAUCUCCCAAUUCUCGCUUGAAACCCUUGAAUUUGCUGCAGGUCGAUCCAGAUUACACAAUUCAUUCAAGAACCACUACCAUGACCUCAAAAAAGUGCAGGAGAAGAUUGACAAGUUGAUGAAAGCAUACAUCAAUGCAACAGUGCCGACCGACGAGCUCAAAAAGCACCUUGAGUUCGGGUAUCCCGAGCACUGUGAACACUUGUACAUGUGCCCUCCGGAUUUUGUUCGAGAGCUUUUGGCAUCUGACGAAGGCGAGGGUGGUGAUUGGGAGCAUGUCAACAAGCAGGGGAAGGUCGAAACAGAAGACAAGUCCAUCUAUGCUUUUUGGCAGCAAGGGCGUGAUCUCUCAUACAUUGAAGCGUCGAUUGUUGAGCAAAGCAAGCGCCAACGGGAGGUGGAGAAACAGUCUCGUAAUAACCGUUUCGACAUCUUGGCUGACAUGGACGCUGAAGAACAACACGAACGAGUACCUGAACUAGAAGACGAUUCAGGAAUUGAUGACGAUGAAGAUGUCGAGGACAUCAAAGAGCUCUGGGAGCAGGAUUGGCUGUCUCUGCCGAGCGAAAGUUCGAUACGCGAGGCUGCGUCAACACCAGCUGCCGGGAACGAUGAUGAAAAUGGCAAUCCCUCACCAACCGAGCCUCUGAGUCCCCGAACGGUACAAAUGCCGCUGCUCGACCAAACACCAGAAAUAGUCACACCGACAAGGAAUUUUCUAUCGCGCCAGGUUCUGAACUCGGACCGGCCUCUUGCGCAUCUUCUCUCCGAAGGGACAAUGUGGAGCUUCUCCAGGAGAGAGCGCAACCGCCUUCACGAAUUUUGGUCACGUGAGAUCAGGGAACAAUUGGAUAUCAAUCGACUCGAAGAAUUUGAGGCGCUGAGAAGAGAGUACGAAACGAUCUUGAAGAAUAACCAGGAGAGCCAAGACGAGAUUCGCCGAACCCUGCUUCAGUCACGAGAUAUUGUUGGAUGCACUACCACUGGGGCCGCAAAAUUGACAUCAUUAUUGCAGGCGUGUUGCAGUUUAGCCCCACGGGUGAUGCUCGUCGAAGAGGCUGGUCAAGUGCUCGAAGCGCACAUUCUGGGUAGUCUGGUGCCGUCUAUAGAGCAUCUCAUCCUUAUUGGAGACCCUCUCCAACUACGACCGACACUGAAUAACUACUCGCUUUCGAUGGACAAUCGGCGUGGACGAGAGCUGUUCAAGUUCGAUAUGUCACUCAUGGAACGCCUUUCGUCUAACAACCUGGCCAUGUCCCAAAUCAACGUCCAGAGACGAAUGCGACCAGAAAUCUCGAGCUUAAUACGCAACACCCUUUAUCCCUCACUCGAAGACCAUUCGCUUGUCAAAUCCUACCCUCCUGUUCGUGGCUUUGCAAAGAACGUCUUCUUCUUCAACCACUCCCAUCGUGAAAACGACGGUGGUGAGGAAUCAUCCAGCAAAUAUAACACGUUCGAGGUUGAAAUGAUUAAAGACCUUGUCUUGCAUCUACUUCGCCAAGGAUGUUACUCAGACGAGGGAGACAUCGUCGUCUUAUGUGCCUAUCUUGGGCAACUUGCUCGCGUCAGAGAUGCUCUCGCUGGUCUUAAGGAAAUUGCCGUCUUAAUCGAAGGCAAGGACCAGCAAGAUCUAGCUGAACAAGAAGAAGAGCUUGAUGAUCACGGUCACAUCGAGCACGUGAAGGUGACAAAGCGCGUUCGGUUGAGGACAAUCGACAAUUAUCAAGGCGAAGAAGCCGAGAUUGUCAUUCUUUCGACUGUGCGGAAUGUGGGCUCCCAAGAGGAUAGUUCGCAUAUGCAUGGCCGCCCAACUAUAGGCUUUCUUGCUUCCGAGAAUCGUACAAAUGGCGAUGCAGUUGCAUUAUCUAGAGCAAAACAGGGCCUUUUUAUACUUGGUAACUCUGCGCAGCUGUCCUCAAGAAGCAAAAUGUGGCGGGAAGUAAUAGAGCAACUCGAAAGCGUGGAAUGUGUUGGGGAUGCUUUCCCAGUUUCUUGCCAUCGCCAUCCAGAGACGAUUAAAAUGAUCUCUCAGCCCGGAAAAAUCACUCUAUUUGCGCCAGAUGGUUUGUUCAACUUGUUGCGUCUGGUCAAGUUAGCUAAUUUAUAUAGGGGGCUGUCUCGAACCAUGUGCCUAUCGCCUAAAGUGUGGUCACUUGUGUCAAUUCAAGGUAUAUAUAACACAAGCCUUGUGCAGGUAUCUCGGCUCACUAUCACCAACAGUGCCAUCCCGAUGACCCAAAACACGUCGCAGUCAAAUGCGCAGAGCCCUGCCCUCGCCUUUGUUCGCGUGGACACCCCUGCGAGAAAGAGUGUUCACAGGAUUGUGGUCACUGUCGAUUCUUGGUUCGAGAUGUUCAGCUUCCAUGUGGUCAUCGAUCUGCAGCAGUUGAAUGUUGGCGAAUGGACGAUCUGUCAGAUGUCCGAUGCACUGAAAUUGUGCUGAAGCACUUUGCCAAAUGUGAACAUUCUGUGUCGGUGCAAUGUUCCGUAGACCCUUCAGACCUUUCAUGCGUUGCUCCAUGCAAUGGGACCAUGACAUGUUGUGGUCGCACUUGCUCUGCCAAAUGCUAUGAAUGCCAGUCGCUCAACGACAAGAUUCCCGGUCAAAAUAUUAACCGACAAAACCAUCUCCAACAUCAGUGCCAAAAGCUCCUGUUUUGUGGUCACAUGUGCUUCAAACUGUGCUCGACAAAUCACGAAUGCGCGACUGUUUGUCAACAGCAGUGCCGCCAAGAAUGUGCCCAUUCGCGUUGCAAGGACUAUUGCUCGUCACCAUGUGCGCCGUGCAUGGAGGAUUGUGUGUGGGCUUGCUCUCAUCGCGGACGAUGUCCUUUGCCCUGUGGAUCGGUGAUCAUUCAAAUAAUCUUCAUGACAUGUCUAUUGACCUUUUCAAGGUUUGCUCUCGUCUUCCCUGUGAUCUUCCGUGUCAGAAACGUCUCAAGUGUGGUCACCAAUGCCCUUCAGGUAGGCCCAUGAAUGCCAUCAGCAGCUGUUUAAUGACUUGGGUCAUCAGUUUGUGGAGAAGAUUGCGCCAUUCAGCUUUGUGCCGAAUGCGCCAGUCCUAGCCAGAAGCAAGACGUUGUCGACAUGCUCAUGUUCCGCAAGUUGGAAGAUGUCGACCCGUCUGAAGGAACCUUAGGCGACUUGCUCAUUACUCUCAAAUGCAAGCACGUUUUCACCGUCGAGACUUUGGAUGGUCUUGUCGGGCUGAGUGGUUUCUAUACUCAGAACGACGACGAAACAUGGCGGGGACUCUGCUCUCCUGAACUUGGUGGCGAGGCACGAGCUCCCCCGGCAUGCCCAACUUGUCGACAAGCGAUUACAUCCAAUCGAUACGGACGAGUUUUCAAAUCAGCUGAUUUGGAUAUCUUAGAACGCAAUGUUAUCUCGACAAUGACGAAGCGCCUUGCCAAGCUUCAGACCGCGAUGGAGGGUGUUUCCAAGGACAACAUGGCUGAUAGGCUGAACGGCGACAGUAAAAAGAUAACACUGUCUGUAUCGACCAAAUCUGAAUCCGAGAAGACUCAACGGAAGCAAGUGAGGCAGCGCAAGGCUGCUCUAACUGCCAACGAAACGAAGGAAUUGCCCAUUUCGGUGGAGCAUCUUGUUCCAACCUCGGCGUUACAUGGUGUCUCGACUAUCCUUAAUGAUGCCUGGAAGCGCGCCACCCAGGGAUUGGUUCAACUGUACGGAGAUGCCACCAAAAUUGCAUCCAUGCGGUCAGCCCAUAUGAAUGCAUGGGAGGCUGCGUUUUCGAGCCUGUACCGCCAGGAAAUGGACAGAGCGAUGGAUAAUCCCCUUCGUGCGCCUCGCCACCCAGCAGAACACGCAAUGAGAAUGGCUGCACUCCAGGUCGGCCAAUUGAAACCAAUCGCAGACCGUCGUUUCAUUGUCGAGGCAUUUUGGGCGACGAUCAACCUGCGCUUCAUCAUGGCUGAUCUGGCGCGGACGUGGAUGCCGGAGCUAGUCCAAAAUACCAAGAAUUUGUCAAAGGAGGAGAGCAUGAAAUGGGCUCGCUUUGGGUCCUUCGUGCUCAAUAGUUGCAUCCAUGACGCUGAGUUGGCAUUCUCCAUUGCUGAGAAAGCCGGCUCGCGGAGACAAAUGACGACAAGUCGUGUGUUGGAGAUGAGAGCGCAGUUUGAGCGAUUCCGGUUCAAUGUUGACAUGGUGCGAGCAGCAAGCAUGUUCCAGGAGAGCCGCCAACAGUUAUUGAACGACAUCGUGAAGGAAAUCGAGAAGGCCCAGCAAACUCUGAAGGAAACGAGUAGGGCACACUUGAAGGAAGAUCAGCAAUGGCUCAGGGACAGCUUCAAGAGCCCGGCGGAGGCCAUCCUCUCUGAGUGGGAAAAACUACAAGUCAGCAUUGCGGGAGAUACUUUCUAUCAAGAGGUUUCUUUGGACGAGAAGCUGAAGAUUGUGCAAGCACUCAACUUUUGUGUGUUUUUUAUAUCAUUCUUUGACAGAGCUGAAGCUUUCCUCCAGCGCACACAGGCCAUUUCUACACUUGUCCGCAAGGGCAUGUUUAUGUAAUCACGGAAUGCGGUGGUGCAAUGCAACAGUCUCGCUGCCCAGAGUGCGGCGCGGCAAUAGGAGGGACCAACCACAAUCUUGAUGCCAGCAAUUCGCGUGCUACAGAAUUUGAGAAUUUGGGUAGGCAAGCUGGGGCAGAGCAGAGUCCGUGGGCUUGGGGUCGAUAA